AUGAAGUUCUUCGUCGGCAGCUUUGCCUUCCUGCCCCUCGCGGCUCUUCUCGCGUCUGUCACUGCCGCCCCUAUUGUCGAGGAGCGUGCCGAACUAGCUGCGACGACAUGUGGUUCCACGUCCUAUAGCGCGACGCAAGUGAACCAGGCCGCGCAAAAGGCAUGCAGCUACUAUAGCUCAGGAAGCGCACCUGGUGGCUACCCGCACACAUACAACAACUACGAGGGCUUCUCGUUCUCGGUUUCUGGGCCGUACCUCGAGUUUCCGAUGCUAUCCAGUGGUAGUGUAUAUACUGGUGGCUCUCCCGGACCGGAUCGGGUUAUCAUUAACACAUCCUGCAAGCUAGCAGGUGAAAUCACUCACACUGGAGCCAGCGGCAACAACUUCGUCGGUUGUUCGGGAACAUCUUGA